AGAAGUCUAUAAAUACUGUCGUUUUCUUGUGCCGGCCUCCACUGGCAGCCAGACGAAGCCGAGACGGACCCCAGUGGAAAGGGAGCUAUUGUUUUUUUUAUCCUAGAAGUCUGGUCUAAUGGACAAAGUCUUUGUAAAUGCUUUUUAAGAAUAAUCCCUCUAAGAAAGCACACACUGGCUACUCUGCAGGCCCCGGCCUCGAGUCUUAUCUGAAAGGGUUCAACUUUACUGGGGAGCCACCUUGGCUGCUCUGCACCUGAUAAAAGCUACACCAAAUUUCAUCUCUUUCUAUUCAAUUUCUCUACAGAUCAUUAAGAAGGUCGUAUUGUGACCAUGAACACUCCCACUCCUGCCCAGUUUGAAUUCUCUUUCCUGGAGGAAGGCUUCUCUGCCCGGGAUAUAGUUGAGCAAAAGAUCAAUGAGUCAUCCAUGACGGAUGACAGGGAUGCUUUCUACGUCUGUGACUUGGGGGACGUGCUAAAGAAGCACUUGCGCUGGGCAAGGGCCUUGCCUCGCAUCACUCCUUUUUACGCCGUCAAAUGCAAUGACAGCCGAGCUGUGGUGAUGAUACUGGCUUCCCUGGGGGCUGGCUUUGACUGUGCAAGCAAGACGGAGAUCCAACUAGUCCAGUCUCUUGGAGUGGAUCCAAACAGAAUAAUCUAUGCCAACCCCUGCAAACAAGUUUCUCAGAUCAAGUAUGCCUCUGCACAUGGUGUCCAGAUGAUGACCUUUGAUAGUGAAGUGGAACUCAUGAAGGUGGCCCGCUGUCACGACAAUGCCAAACUGGUGCUGCGUAUUGCCACAGAUGACUCAAAGGCAGUGUGUCGUUUGAGUGUGAAGUUUGGUGCCCCUCUCAAGGCAUGCCGGGGUCUCCUUGAACGGGCCAAGGAGUUGGGACUAGAUGUGAUUGGCGUCAGCUUCCAUGUUGGCAGUGGUUGCACAGAUCCUGAAACCUACUCCCAGGCUAUCUCUGAUGCCCGCUGUGUUUUUGAUAUGGGGGAGGAGCUGGGUUAUAACAUGAACCUGCUGGACAUUGGAGGUGGAUUCCCUGGUUCAGAUGAUGUCAAACUUAAAUUUGAAGAGAUCACACCUGUAAUCAACUCAGCCCUGGACAAGUAUUUCCCCGUUGACUGUGGUGUGAGGGUUAUUGCUGAGCCAGGCCGCUACUAUGUAGCCUCUGCUUACACGCUGGUGGUCAACAUUAUUGCCAAGAAGGUCAUCAUGAGUGAGCAGUCAGCCUCUGAUGAGGAAGAUGAUGGGACCAAUGACAGGACCCUGAUGUACUAUGUCAACGAUGGAGUGUACGGUUCCUUCAACUGUAUCCUCUAUGACCAUGCUCACUGUCUCCCAACCUUGCACAAGAAGCCGAAGCCAGAUGAGGUCUUCUACCCCUGCAGUAUUUGGGGCCCAACAUGUGAUGGCCUGGAUCGUAUUGUUGAGCAAUGUAGCCUGCCUGACCUGCAGGUGGGCGAUUGGCUGGUAUUUGAGAACAUGGGCGCCUACACUGUGGCAGCGUCCUCCACCUUCAAUGGCUUCCAAAGACCUGACAUCCACUACGUCAUUUCCCGCCCUGCAUGGCAACAUGUGCAGCAAAUCUGUGCCCAGGGCUUGCCGGCUCCCGCAGAGGAGUCUCACCUAGCAGGAGUGGCAGCCUGCUGUGGCCGAGAAAGCAGCUUGGAGAUGCCCACCAAACCCUGCCACACUCACGUUGCUUAAAAGCAUGCAACACAGCACCGUUCUCUACAUCCCACAUGUUGUGUUAUUGAUCAAUGUGCUUGGAGCUUUUUGGUUGUUUUUGCUUUCUUCCCAGAUGUACAUGCUACAAAAAGGCCAGUUACUUGACAGGAGAAUGAGAGGGACAUGUUGCACAGAUUUCUUAGUUCUGUAUGGAAGCUGGGGAUCAAUCCUCACCUCAAUGAAAUGAGGCUGAAUCACUCUCUGAGUGUCUCUGUGGGUGCGAGGCAGACUGUUACAGGGCAAGUACUGACUGGAACAAUUCGCUGAAGUCUUCCCAUCCUGACUAGUGGGGAUGAAUAUAAGAAUUGGAGUAUGAUGAGCAUACAGUCUAUUCGCUGAACUGGACCAGUGUGAGGAAAGAAACAAUGCUGCUUUGCUCUGCCAAAAAAAAACAAAAACAAAAUUCUACCAACCUCACUGAAGUUAUCCCAUCAAUUUAUGAAAUUCUAACAGGCCAAGGAAUAAAAGAUCACUUAUGCUAUUAUUAAUAUCACUCAGAUUAGUAACUGUUGCAGCUGCAAGACACCUUGCAAUGUAGGUAGUGAAUCAUUCAGAUUUACCCAGCUUUCCUAUUUGGGAGGUUAGCUUAAUGUUAAACUGUUAAACUGCAGCUCCUUCAUAGCCCUGUCACAGCUGAGUCCACAUCUCCGAUCUGGUAACUCACAAUGAGGUGGUUAGAGGGGUGAUUUAUUUCCUCAGGAAUGGCUGCUACAUAUUUAUCUUUUUCCAUGAUCUCCACUUCUGUACAGAACCCCUUAAUAUACACACAGGGACUCAACAAGCAGAUUGUCCUCCCCUUCUCUCCUUUGUGUUUUUUUUUUUUUUUUUUUUUUUUUUUUUUUUAAGUGUAACUCUCAGUAAGAAGUAAGCAUGUUCAUGAUAUUGAUGGAAAAAUAAUAAUUUUAAGAAGAAAUUUUUAAAUGGAUACGAAAGAGAUGGGAUUGCACAAUUAUGCUUUCCUAUGGAAACUUGUUUUUUAUGUUUUGUAUUUUUUUUAAUAAAUAAAUAUAGGUGCAGA